UAUCGGACCUGGCAACAUUGGUCAAAGUUUCGAAAACCGAAACUUCAUGGAAAAAUGCGGUAAAAAUAUUUUUUAAGAAUAAAACUUAAAAUGCACUCAGGCCUCAAAUGCGUAAGAAAAGAAUUUUAUAGAAAUGGAUAACUCACAAAGUUCAGAUGUCUCAGACUACGUAAAUCAAUCACUUACUGUACCCGCUGAAACAAAUACAAUAAAUAUGAAUACUUACGAGACUUUGUUAAACAAAACAAAAACCUCUCUUUGUAAUGACACCUCUACUUGGAUGGACACACCGAUUUGUGAUUAUUUCACAUUACUGCUUCAAGAUUGUUAUUUAUGUAUAUCACAGACACUGAAGCUAUUGGAUGAAUUUGUAUUGGAAACAGAUGUACAGGCACAGAAACUAUCCCAUUUUCUAGAUAAUGCUGUCGACAUCCUCCAAUUGCUGUCUAGUUUUAUAAAGAAAAUUAUAGAAUCUGUCUCAAUGAGUUGUAGUACCAUGAAGACAUUUCCUACAACUACCGGCCAAAUCAUUGUGGAUAUUUUUAUACAUUGCAGAAACAGCGAAGCUGUAUAUGGAGAUCAUCUAGCAAGCAUACAACAACAACUCAAAGAUUUGUUCAGAACUUGUCAUGAGUUGCAGCUCACUUACUUGAUGGUGAUAGAAAAGCAUUUUAUUUUCGAUCACACUAACAAAGAAGAAUUGCUCAUACUGGUUGAAGCACUAAAUAUUAACUUGCAUAUUGGUGAAGUGGCUCAAACUCUAGACAUAAAGACUAUGGCAGAGCAGUGGAAAGCUUACACUAUGAUAUGUGAGAAAUAUGUUAACUAUCUGAUGGAUAGCAGCAUUUAUUAUGAUUGUACAAAUGUUCUCUGUUCUAUGGUAUCCAGUAAUAUAAUAGCUUCAAUGGAGGUGGAGCAGGAGGACAAACUUAUAAUGAGAUCAAUGAAACUGACCAACUUUAUGAUAAAAAUACUGUUAAAAGUAUGCACUAUUUUUAAACAUUCAAAAUCAAAACCGUAUCAACGUAUUGUUGAUUUGUUAAUUAAUUUAUAUUUGCAUAAUCCCUCUUAUCUCGAAACUUUAGGUGGCAAAUCGCAACAGUUCACGAAUAUUAUGUCCGCCAAUGUUUUGAAUCCGGCCGAUGUUCUAGUGAACGAAUUAUUGUGUGAUGAAAGUUUUAUACAUAUAAUUAUAAAUUACAAGUUUGAUGAACGGCAUCAAGAUGACGAAGUUUUAGGAUAUAUUAUUCUCAUGGUAACCCUUAUGAGAUUGGUGUCACAGAAAAGUGAUCGAAUUAGUUUUCCAAGAAGGGAAUUUUUCACUUGUCUAUUCAAAAUGAUGCCUGACUGUUACGUUUGGUUAAAUAUUGGCAUGAAAUUCAAUAUUGACGUCACCAGCAACUCUCCAGCUGAUUCUAUAGGUCUUUUCGAAUAUAUAUUGAUCCAUUCUACAUGUUUCGCGCUCAGUAUGAACAAUCAAGAAUAUUGCGGAUUGGAGAAGAUCAUUUUCGAAGCUUUAUUUAGAGUUGACAGCAUAAGUCCACUAUUUGCAGCCAAUUUAUGGAUUAUGUUAACUCGGGUAACCAAUAACAAACAAUUGCUGUUCACUCAGUUGAUGUUUCUCUGUCAAACAUAUCUGAAAUUGGGGAACGCUCCGAUGUUUUCCCUCUCUCCCCAAAGGGUUCAUCUGGAACGCACAAUGACAAGUUUAUUUGAGCUUUUGGAUAUCGAAGACCGAGUCAGGCUCUACAAGCAAUACAAUCCGUCGAUGAACCAGAAUAAUGUCUCAUUGUGGGCCGUAUUGAAGAUCAGGAACUUGCCCGUAGAUUUGCAGAGGAUAGUGGAAAAGGAUAUUGUUGAAAAAAUUAAGACCGUGUUUUUUAAAAGUAUGCCGUUUGAGUGUCACGAAAAAUUAAUUGGUUUGAUUAAAGUUACCAGAUUAGUGGCCACAUGCUCUUGUAAUAUUCUAGAAGGAUUGGAAGGAAUUUUGUUGGAAGGCUGGUCAAAGGCGUGUCCUCAAAACUUGACAUUCCUCUCAGACACAAUGGACUUAAACACAAUGUGGUUCUUUGAAUACAUUGAAGCUUUGGUGUCAUUAACAAACUCUAUGGUAUACUCAGUCUACGGUAGAAGUUCACAUGUCGUUAAGAUCCUACAUGUCAUCUCGGGAUUGAUACAACGUGGCAACGCAGAACUUAGUUUGUUACUAAUGAAUUUGCUUUGUAAAUUGGCUGCCAACCCGAUCCACGAUGAAAACAAAAUGGAAGCAGAGAAAAUUAUCAACAAAACAUUCAAAAAGAUUAUUCAAGAUGGUGACGAUUUAGUUAAGAGAUCCUUGUUUAGUGAAAUAAGAACGUACAAUAGCAAAUAUUUAGAAUUAACAAUUAAUUCGAUUAUAAGUGGGAACCAAACCGCUUCAGAUGUUUGGCAACAAUGUGCUACUAAUAACACUAAAACAUUUGACUAUACGAAGUUGCGAGACGAAUUAAACUUAAUUUGCAAUUUUAAAUAUCGUCACAAAUGCCUUGAACUCGGUAGUGAUACAAAGGGUAAAGAUGUUGGUUUCGUUGAUAAAAUAGAUAAUUCUUGCAGCAGCAAUUUCGAUCUUGCCGACAUAGAUAGUUUAUUCAGCGGCGAAAGCGAUGGAGAGCCGGCGAGUAAGCGAGUGAAGUUAGAUACAGAAGAGAUCGACUCGAUACUGGACCGAUUGGAGCGUGAUAUCUCUUUAUUAAGUUGCAUCAAAGAGAAUAUUAUCACUGAAGAACAUAAAAACAGGAUAAGACUGUUACGUGACAAGCUAACUGGUCUCGUCACGUGAGAAAAUAAUUACAGGUUAUUAGAAAAAAAACUGUUACGUGUUUACGGCUCAUCUAUUUAUCACUGCACGAUCGACGCCGCGACGCGAUCUCAAUAUUUAUGUAAUAAUAAUAUUACGGGUUGUGAUCUUUUAUUGUUAACAACUUUAUCUGUUUAGUAAUAAAGGCUAAUUCGCAGACUGUUUUGCAUGUGGGAUGUGAUGAUAAAUACUGUUAGUUGUACAUAUUACUUUGAGAAUAUUAUAAUGUUAAAUAAGAGAAAUUAUCUCGCAUUGUUUUUUUUGAAGGUAGCUCUUGACGUUUAUUGAAGGAUUUUGAAGGAUUUAUGCUGCUUCUGUGUUAAAUAAAACCAAUGUUUAUGUCACAUUUAUAUUUAUUGUUGUGUUAAAAAAACUAUACAAAUAAGUGAAAUAUAAUAAUAGUCAUAAUAAUAACCAACACCGUCGUCACACUGUCAUACGUAACACACGGCGUAACGUUUGACAAUAAACGGAGAUCAAAUGUUACAAUUUGUGAUCAAGAGAUCGCAUCGAAGAACGAGUAAAUAAGCAAAAUUUUAAUGUUCACAUUAUGACAGUGUUACACCGGGUAAAAGAGAACUUAACAUAGAUUUAAUUGAUACUCGGAGGUAAUAAGACCUUAUCGUUCGCGUCAAACAGUAUCAACUAACAUCAGUCCCACUCGAAUUUUUGACUCCACCUCGCUAUCUGUGACGCAACCCACGGAUGUACAUUUACUGUAAACCAUGUAUAAAUGUCGAGUAACACAGCAACAAUUUACUGAAUAAAUUCUAAUUAAAAAUAUAUCUAACACACAUUUUUUUCACAUCUUAUCCUCUAAGCGUUUCGGCGACCUUUAAAUUGUGAUGGCGAAUAAAAUAAUUAUAAUAGAGGAAUACUUAAAAUUGGCUAACUAAUAAAAUAUAAUCAUAAUAUUGCCAUAUAAGAUAGACAGCGAACUUAGCUAUUCCGAUAAAGCAUUACAAGCCUAAAGCGUAUUAUUAUACAGCUACAACUUAAAUCCGAAUUAAAGUAAAAAUAAAUUAUACAUUAGAGAGAAAAAAAUUAAUCAGUUGGAAUUCAUUAUGUCUUAGUGUGAAAAUUUAUUUUGCCAAUCAUUGUAACAUUGCUGGUGUGAGAACGUAUUCAAAUCUUACGUUAUCGAGACUAAUCAAAUACAUUUCACCAUUUAGCUAUACAUUAUCGUGCUCUAUCCACAGUGCAAUGAAACAUUUAGUCGAUUGACGAGUGAUUGUUCACGAUGUUGAGAGCUACAGGCAAAUAAAAUAAGUAUAAUAAAAAAACAAUUUCUGCUGAUAAUAUUUCUAUAAUAACUAUAUAUUAUGUUAAAAACACUGUAUAAAAGUAUAAUAAAUAUCAAUCGUAAUAUAAUCUGUAAAUAAUGUUUCGCCUCUGUGCUCUGCAACUCUGCAGUGAGCAUUCAUUCGCCAAAAGACAAUAACCAUUACUUUGUGACAUAAAAAUGCAAAAUACUCAAGCACCUUACGAUUAGAAUUAAUUGUAGAUACCGUUUGUGCGACACAGUUGCAUUUUGUUUAUAAAUGGUGAUAUAAACUUUAUAUAAUUGAAUAAUGUCCUUAAGUAUCAUGUCACAACGUACCUGGAUGGCGGUCCAAUUGGAAUGAUCGAGUCGGAGACUACUGUAAACGACAUACUGUUUUAAAACAUUUAAUACCAACACUCUAAUAUCACUCAUUACCAAUACUAAAAUCGGUACUAUUUACAUGUGAAUGUGAAAAGAGCCAUAAUAUCAUACAAACAGUGGACACUGUUGAAAUAUAAUAAUAAUAAUUAAUAAUCAAUCUUCGUUUAUUUUCAAUGUUCAUUUCCAAGUUUACAUAAAUAAAAAUAUCUAGCUGUUAAAUGUUCUGAGGAUGUGGCGUAAAAUUUAAUAGGGAAGUUUUUUUGCAUGUUCACGUCACGAGAAUACAUUAAGCACCGGGCUAACAUAAUAGUACGUAGCACGUUAUGCCGCCUCCAAGUGCAAACUUUAACGUACGGAAGGGUCAGACAAGGUUCAAUACAAAUAUACUAGUUAACACUAAAAGUUAGGAUACAAAACCUACACAUUGGAAAAUACUAAUUUACUUAGGCCAAUCGUGUUAAGACAUCUGGUAAUAUAUACGUUUAUGUAUCAUUGACUGAGGGAAAUGUGGCAUCAUUGCACUUUCGCUUAAACUAAAAGUCUUGGCACAAAUGAAAUAUCAGUUUUGGAAAGAUUACACAAACAGAAAUUAGGUUGAGCAUGAAAUGUUUCGAUCCAUAUAUUAUAGGGGAAACUCGAUACACGAGGUACAAUUUUAAAUAUAAUACUAAAUAAAUAGCGUGGAUUCACUUUUCCAGAUUCAUCAAGUGAUUAAUUGAAAGCUCACCACUAUUUAAAUUACAUAAAUAAACACCUAGACUAAAUACCCUCAGAACAGUUAAUAUGUAUAUAAAAUUCAGUUCUUUAUUAGGAUUAUUUGGCAUCUAUCACCAAGAUACUACAUUAAACAUGGUAUACGAAAGUGGAAUACCUAAUAGAUUAAUGCGCCUCUUCGAAACGUAAAUCCUUACUAAUCGUGUUUCGUUCACACGAUAAUAAUAUCCCUGCCGAACCUAAAUUUUCUCCUUACAUCGCACACAUGCGCUCGCGCUACCGUCACCGAUGCACCGCCUGUCUUGCGUCCUAACUGAACCGAUUCGCUGUUGUGUGUCAAUUAAAUAGCCUCUAAUUGCAACGUCAACUGCCUCACAUAUGCGUCUGAGCCGGGAUCACGGAUCAGUGUGCAUAACUCGCAAAUUAAAAUUGCGCUUUGUUCAACGGCCAAAAAAAUGAAACUAGCGUCAAAAGUAAUUGUAUAAACGAUCUUGAUAGCCGCAUGCGUAAUAUAAAAAGCAGUGCAACAUCAAAAGCGGCUUCCUCGAACCAUGACACUUCGCGUUACAUCGACAAACACCCUAUAUAAGAGGCUUAGGGUCAACUCAGACCGAGAGAAUAUCAACUCUAUUACAAAUGGUUGUAAUAUAAAUUGGAUUGAGCAAUUUUUGUACUUUAUCCUAUGGUACACUAAGUAUAUUAUGAGAACUCGUAGACAGUAUAACUAAACUUAUCAAACGGUCGAAGUAAUUACGUCUACGAAGCCAUUAGUCGCAAACUGGUGCACUUUCACAGAACCGGUAAAUAUUAUCAAUCCCUUCCAUAAAUUUAGGGGUUUGGGACCGGCUCGUGUAGUUUCAUAGAAUAUUAUUCAAUUAUUCAAAAAUCUCAACUUUACCACAAGUAUUUAUGUAAGUAGGUAUAUGGGAAACAUCAUAUUAAUUAUCAAAUUUUACUACUUCGCAGUAUAGCUUUUUACAUUCGAUAAUGUGGCAUCAAUAUUUUAUUACAUAAUAACAAAGUAAAGAUUAUAAAAAUUCAGAUCCUAGGGGUGAUUUAUCAGUUGGAAAGUCUAUUGCAUCGCUCCCUUCAGUAAAACCACCUGCAACUGUAGUUUCUACAGUUGCAGGUCAUUUCACUCUGCUAGACGACAAGCACAUACAAUAUGAGUGUUAUCACAAGCGGGAGGACAGCUAACAACUGCAUUGAACAUUCGGACUCGUUAUGUUACAAUACGCUUACGGAUUGAAAUACGAGUGUCGAGUAAUAUUUUAUAUGACUACAAGGUUUGCGAGCUAUUAUGGUCCAUGUUACCGUGACAAAAAGGUACAAUUUCGUAUGUCUUUAGCAAACCGGUUCGUCCGUAAGCGUAAAGUACGUAAGGGCGGUGACUCGGCGGCCCACACCAUAAUACACACAAAAGAUACAUCAAACACUCGAUUUGCACAGUCUCAACAUUAUUAUGACACUCAUCUAGUAAUGAAGAGCGUGAAAAUGUCAAACCAUUCAACUAUUCAACGCGAUUGAUAUUCGAAUACAACUUCUGCGUCACUAAAGUUAGAGCUCUUGUUGCAAUGUGAGGUUUUCGAGAUGAUGGAACCAGGUUUUAAAUUUAAAUAAGCGUUACUGAUCAUCGCAUUAUAAUAAUGCAAUGUAAACAUUUAUGAAUUUACAUAAAUUUAAAUGUCAGUUGGACAUUAUUAAAGCAGCUAUAUCCAUCUCAAUAACACAGAAUUCUCAUAACAAAAUCUACUUUAGCGACAAAGUUAAUAACUCUUGAUACGCAUUUGAUUUACAUUACAAGACUAUUAGAUAAUAAGUUGCUUCUCAAAAAGCUUCAUUGAGCCUAAAAACAUUUUUCCACAAAAAAAACUAUUCAAAACUUCGAUAAAUAUAAAAUUCUAUAACUGAUAUAUUUCAAUUAUUAAAUACUCAGCUUUAAACAUUACUUAUUGCCAUUAGAGAACCAUCGUUAAGAAAAAGUAAAUGAGAAGCCGCAUGUCGAAGAUCAGUCUACCAGUAACUAACAGCUGAACUCAGCAACGUCAGAUCAAUUCAAUGCUAUAUCAAAUCAAUUGUUCUCAUUCUAUCGUUAUCUCAAAAAAAGUGACAGCAGAAGUUGCCUUUAACUUUAGUAUGUAGGCGUAGGUGCGAAUCCUGCUUGAUACCUGGACGAGUGAAAUAUUUUCUAGGAAAAUGAUCAAAGUUAAAAGUCGAUUGACCUCACUGCGUACGAAGGUUAUUUAUUAAGCAAGUCGAAUGGUUUACAAUCAACACGCCGAUCGGAUUGGUUGAGAUUUCCGUUUAACAUUAUCUCACCUAAUGAAUGGAUAGCCGUAUUCAUUUGCAAACAUUUGAUUUGUCAAAGUAUUUUGUUUUAUCUGUGUGCAUAACACGCUAGUAUUUAAAUUUAGCUUGGAACUAUGUUUUAGCGGGUUUUGUUCAUAGAGGUAUAAGAAUAGUGGGGAAGGUGGCUCUAAAAGUGUCGAAAGAGAAAGAAGAUGAGAGACCGAGAUAGCUAGAUCUCCUACUCUUGCGACGCAUGGCAUCCAAUGGCAUCACAUCGAAAUAGUAAGAUGCUUACGGUUGCCACUGCGCAUGCGCGAUUAGAGAGAGAAAGCUAGCGGUCUCUCAUCUUCUUUCUCUUUCUAUUAAAGGGACACUUCCACUUGUAGUAGAGUCUAUAUCUCCCCUUCUCUAUUCUUAUACCUCUAUGGUUUUGUUAGAGAUUAAUGCUUCCAUAUCAUUUCUAAUUAGUCGGGUUUACCGAGUGUUCGACGAUCUUUUUCUUUUGUGAUUUAUUCCGGUGUUAUGGAGCGCGGUACGCGAGGGUCUGGUGUCGCGCGUGAUGGUGGCACGCGGGGCGCUGGCGGGGCGGCUGCAACUGCUGCUGCUGCAGCUGCAAUUGCUGUAGUUGCAGCUGGUUCUGCUGCAACUGCAGCUGCACCUGGUUCUGGUGCGCCGCGAGCGCGUGCAUCUGCAGGUGCUGCAUGGACGCGCUGCCGUGCAGCAUCUGCAGCUCCGGCGGCAUGUGGUAUAGGCCCGGAGUCUGGUGGCAAACGUUGGAUAUUUAGUAUUAUACUCUACAACGAGAAUUUC